GACUGAAGACUCUUUCUUCCUGCCUGUUUCAGGCAGCGGAGGAGGAAGAAGAGAUGGACCCCCCGGACUCGGCCUCGAGGGUCUUCUGCAGCCGCAUCCUGAGCAUGGUGAAUGCAGACGAUGUCAAUGCCAUCAUCCUGGCCCAGAAGAACAUGCUGGACCGCUUUGAGAAGACCAACGAGAUGCUGCUGAACUUCAACAACCUGUCAAGUGCCCGCCUGCAGCAGAUGAGCGAGCGCUUCCUGCACCACACGAGGACCCUGGUGGAGAUGAAACGGGACCUGGACAGCAUCUUCCGCAGGAUCAGGACACUGAAAGGGAAGCUGGCCAGGCAGCACCCGGAGGCCUUCAGCCACAUCCCAGAAGCGUCCCUCCUGGAGGAUGAGGAUGAAGACCCCAUCCCACCUAGCACCACAACAACCAUUGCCACCUCGGAACAGAGCACAGGCUCGUGCGACACCAGCCCCGACACUGUCUCGCCCUCCCUCAGCCCCGGCUUCGAGGACCUGUCCCAUGUCCGGUCCAGCUCCCCUGCCAUCAAUGGCCGCAGCCAUACAGAUGACGAGGAGACGCCGGGCGAGUAGCCCUGCUCCCAGGAGCUUGGUAGGGUCUCAGGGCAGCGGCAGCACCACUCCCCAGAUGUCUGAGGUGGCAGCGGGUAACUCUGCCUCAAGACAGUCAGCUUUGCCACCCUGUUUUGUCAUUUGGAGCUCUCUGGGGGACAAGGCUCCCUUGCUGGGGUAUGGAAUUCCUGGGAUCUAGCAUUCCCAUUCUAAGAACAUCUCUCCUCGACCCCUCUGCCAGGUCAGGGAGUCCAGCCCAGCUGGAGUCACUGGGUUGGGCGCAAGGUAGCUUUUCCAGAGCCAGGCCUGAGGUCUACUCUGAACAACACUUAAAGGUUCCCAGAGACGAGAGCCAGAUGCCCCCUGACCCAGCACCCUGGCCAGGACUUCUUCAAAGUAGACAAGCACUGUCCUGUCUGAGUUCACCCCAGUCCACCCCUGUACCUACUAAUUCUGGUCUCCUUGCCCCUUCCUCCAAUGAAAGUAUGAAAUACUUUCCCCAGUCUCAAGGAGGUUUCUAAGAUAGUCAUAGAAGGCUCAAGACAGGUUAGCCAGCCACUCAGCCCAGAGCCUGAGGUAAGGCCCAUGUUUCUCUGACCAGAAGUGUGUACCCUGAGGGCCCAGCAGGCCUCUCCUGGGGCCUUCAUGGAGCAAGCCGAGCCACCUUGGAAAACAGAGUUAAGUGGAGUAUUUUUGUAACCGAUGUUUACAGAUGCUGUUGGGAAGUUAUCAAUAAAAAGACUCUGUUACUAAAAAGGGAAAGGUA